AUGGACGGGGUCAUUAUGGCUGAUUGCCUGCCCCUCUUCCGCAGUUACGUCCGUGCCAGUGUGUCCCUGGAGAAGGAGCACGCCAUGUCUACCAACACCCUCGAGGUUUUCAAGGAGAGAGAUGAUGCAAGCAGUGCUCUUUUAUUUUUCUACAGGAGAUUGGAAAAUGAUUUCAAAUUGAACAAUGAAAUGAUCACUGAUUUAAAGAGAAUUACCUCACAACUUCAGGAUAAGUGCACCAAGCCAUGUGUUGACACUGUUCAAAUAAAUGAAAACCCCACAGGGCAAGACUGUCAAGAUAUUGCUGAGAAAGGUGCUACAACAAGUGGCCUGUACUACAUCAAACCACUGAAUGCUCGGCAGCAGUUCCUAGUUUAUUGCGAGAUCGAUGAUAUGGGAAGAGGUUGGACAGUGUUCCAAAGGCGACUUGAUGGCAGUGUGAACUUUCACAGAAGGUGGAUUCCAUAUAGGGAGGGGUUUGGAUACUUGUCCCCUGGUGGGAACACAGAAUUCUGGAUUGGGAAUGAGAAAAUACAUUUACUUACACAGAACCCUAAACAAUAUCUACUCCAAAUAGACCUGAUGGAUUGGGCAGGUCAACGGAGACAUGCUAAAUAUUCGGGUUUUCAAGUGGCAUCUGAGGAAGACAAAUAUCGACUGCGUUAUGGAAUGUUCUUGGAAGGAGAUGCUGGAGAUGCCUUUGCUGGUUAUGAUUUUGGAGAUCAUGUCAGUGAUAAAAUGUAUACUUCACACAACUAUAUACAGUUUAGCACAGAGGACUUUGAUAAUGAUAAUUAUGGUGGAAACUGUGCUAAACAAGAUGAAGCUGGCUGGUGGAUGAACAGAUGUCAUGCAGGAAAUCUUAAUGGCAAAUAUCAUAAAGGUGGCCGUUACACAGCAAAGGAGUUUGGUUUUGAUGAUGGCAUUAUCUGGGUAACAUGGCAUGAUCGCUGGUAUUCCCUGAAAGAGACCACAAUGAAAGUCAUGCCUUUGGUGAAAUAUGAACAAUUAAAACGGACAGGGCAGCAGGAGCAGUUUCACAUACAAAGAGGCGAUACUUCAUUCAAAUAA